CACAAUGGCUUCUCUUACUCAUUGCAAUCUAAUUCUAUUCUUCCACAUCUUUCUCUUGUUCAUAAUUUCCUAUCCCCCAAACACUCUUUCACAGGAUCCAACCUCCUCAAGCCCAACAAUAGCUCCAUGCACAUCAAACCUCCUUCCUCUCAUUCCUUGCACACCAUUCGCGCAGGGUGCGGUUAGCGCUCCGGCGUCCGAUUGUUGUAGCAACCUCAAGCAACUGUAUGGCCAAGAGCCACAUUGUAUUUGCCUCUUGCUCAAUAACACUGCAUUUACCUCUUUCCCUAUAAACAAAACACUUGCUAUUCAGAUUCCAUCUCUUUGUAACCUCCAAGUCAAUAACUCAGUUUGUCCAGGGGAGAAAACACAUGCGCCUCCUCCAUCUUCGUCAAGUUCUCAAGUUUCCUUUGGGACAAAGAACAACUCUACUGUUGCUGCUUCUCCGGCAUUUUCAGUGCCACCAAGACCUAGCAUGAUGGGAUUUGGGUUUGGAAGAAGUGAAGCCAUUAACUUGAAGGCAAAGAAUGGGAUCAUUGUUAUCAUGAACAUAACAAUUUUCAUGUUCAUAUUAAUGCCUUAAUGCAUUUCCUUUAAGAGAUUAGGGUCAUCAAAGAUGUUAUAUUAGAUUGAUUGUGUUGUUUCUUUUAGAGUUUGA